AUGGCACCAAGUAAUAAGGAAAAAAAAGGAGCAGGCGUUAAUGUUGCGUCCCAAAAGCUAAACGGCAAAACGAAUACCUCGGAUAGCGUCAAAAAUAAAUUGGAGCAUGAAGGACCUGUUGCAACAUCAGGAGGCAAUGGAGUGGGAAAAGAUACACAAGAAGGUGUUUUGCCAUAUACACCAUUGGACGAGAUUCCAGUUAGAGUUGCUCGUUUGACAGAGUCAUUCCACAAGACCCGUAAGACGCAUUCAAUCCAGUUCAGGUUGAAUCAAUUGAGAAAUCUUUAUUUUGCAGUGAAGGACAAUGUGGAUCCUAUCUGUGACGCUUUGUACAAGGACUUCUACAGACUGCCUUCAGAAACCAAGAAUUUGGAGAUUACCGGAGGUCUCAGUGAGUUGUUGCACGUUAUGUCGAGCUUGCACAAGUGGGUCAAACCCGAAAAGGUUACUGAUUUGCCAGUUUCGAUGAAAACCACCCCUGUAUACAUCGAGAGGGUUCCAUUGGGAACAGUUUUGGUUAUUUCGCCUUUCAAUUACCCAUUUUUGCUUUCGCUCUCGUCGAUAGUAGCAGCUCUUGCGGGGGGAAAUGUGGUUGUGUUCAAGCCCAGUGAACUGACACCUCACUUCUCUAAGCUUUUUUGUGAUAUUGUUUCGAAGGCUUUAGAUGAUGAUAUUUUCUACGCCAUCAACGGUGCUAUUCCUGAAACCACAAAGGCUUUGGAACAGAAGUACGAUAAGAUAAUGUAUACUGGUAGCACUAUGGUCGGAACUAUAAUCGCCAAGAAGGCUGCUGAGACAUUGACUCCAGUGUUGUUGGAAUUAGGUGGUAAGUCUCCAUGUUUUGUUUUGGACGAUGUUAAGGAUAAAGAUAUCCCAACAAUCGCCAGAAGAAUUGUUUGGGGUAGAUUUACCAAUUGUGGUCAAACAUGUGUUGCAGUUGACUAUGUUUUAGCCCAUGCUUCGGUUAAAGAUAAAUUGGUCAAGGCUAUGAUAAAAGUAAUCGAAGAAGAUUUCUACGGCUCGUUGACCAAGGAUGAUAAAAACUAUACUCAUUUGAUUCAUGAUAGGGCAUUUGCUAAUUUGAGUAAAACCCUUGAUGAUACAAAGGGUGAUAUUGUUGUUGGAGGUUUAAGAGACGAAUCAACUAGAUUUCUCUCGCCAACUAUUAUUGAUAAUUGUUCCUGGGAUGACUCCACAAUGAAGGCCGAAUUAUUUGGCCCAUUGUUACCAGUUUUAACUUAUACAGAUUUAUCAUUAGCUACUACAGAAGUAAUCAAGCAUCAUGAUUUCCCUUUGGCUCAGUACAUUUUUACUAGUGGUCCUACCUCUAGAAAGAACCCUCAAGUUGAUCAAAUUUUGACUUCAAUUAGAUCGGGUGGUGCAAUUGUCAAUGAUGUCAUUAUGCACUUUAGUUUAACCAAUGCCCCAAUUGGUGGUGUUGGUACAUCAGGUCAAGGUGCUUAUCAUGGUUAUUACUCCUUCCGUGCUUUUACUCACGAAAGAACUACCAUGGAACAACCUUUGUAUAACGAUUUUGCCUUGGCUGCCAGAUAUCCUCCAUUUAAUGACAAGAAGGACAAGCUUAUACAAAGUUCUAUGACCAGUCACAAUGGUAAUGUUUGGUUUGGUAGAACUGGAGACGUAAGAUAUAAUGGUCCUAAUCCAUUAUGGGCUGCCUGGACUGGUUUUACUGGUAUUUGUACUUUGGGUUAUAAUUUGGUAAAUUCGUUGUAA